AGCUGCUGCCUCCUCAGCAUCAGCAUCAGCACCAGCAGAGACGUCUCCCUCCUUCCUCUCCUCUGCUCUGCUCUCUCCUCUCCUCUCUCCUCUCCACUGCGGAACAUCGGCCUGUUUUCCUCCCAUCGCUCCGCCAGCGGCAGUCCCAGCUCGCCAUGGACAACACUGGGAAAGAGAAGGAGGCCAUGCAGCUGAUGGCUGAAGCCGACAAAAAGGUCAAAGCGUCCGGAUCCUUCCUCGGAGGGAUGUUCGGGGGAAACCAUAAGGUGGAGGAUGCCUGUGAAAUGUACGCCAGAGCAGCCAACAUGUUUAAGAUGGCAAAGAACUGGAGUGCUGCGGGGAAUGCAUUCUGCCAGGCCGCUCGGCUCCACAUGCAGCUGCAGAACAAACUGGACUCUGCCACCAGCUUCGUCGACGCCGGCAACGCCUACAAGAAGGCCGACCCGCAGGAGGCCAUCAACUGUCUAAAUCAGGCCAUUGACAUCUACACUGACAUGGGUCGGUUUACCAUCGCAGCCAAACAUCACAUCACUAUAGCUGAGGUUUAUGAGUCUGAGCUGGUUGAUAUUGAGAAGGCCAUUGCUCACUAUGAGCAGGCAGCUGACUACUACAAGGGAGAAGAAUCUAACAGCUCAGCCAACAAAUGUCUUCUGAAGGUUGGACACUACAGUGCUCAGCUGGAGCAGUACCAGAAAGCGAUUGAAAUCUAUGAACAGGUUGCUAUGAACACCAUGGACAACCCCCUGCUGAAGUACAAUGCUAAAGAGUAUUUCUUCAAGGCUUCACUGUGUCACUUCAUAGUGGACGAACUGAACGCCAAGUUGGCCAUAGAGAAAUACGAGGAGAUGUUUCCAGCCUUCUCAGACUCCAGAGAGCUCAAACUGUUAAAGAAACUCCUAGAAGCCCACGAGGAGCAGAACAGCGAGGCGUUCACGGAGGCAGUUAAGGAUUUCGACUCAGUGUCUCGUCUGGACCAGUGGCUGACCACGAUGCUGCUCCGCAUCAAAAAGACCAUCCAGGGAGACGCUGGGGACCUGAAAUAGACAAAUGUAGAGAUAGGGGAGAAAGGGGGAGGGGGACAGGGGGAGAGGGGAUGGUAAAGACAGAGGAAAGGAUAUACUAGAGGGGAUUGGAAAUGAAAUGAAGGGAGAGGAGAAUGUGUUUUGGUGGACAAAAAAAGAUAGACACAGAAGCAGGAAGAUGAAAGGGGGGAGGGUACAAGGGACGGAGGGUGGGACUGAGGGAGUUUACAGUUGUACAUAUCAGUCUGCAUGUGACCCCCAACUAGCUAAGCAUCACCUUUGAACCACCUUUAGAUGACCCUGUGUCCCUGGUCCUACAGUAUUGCUCUCGUAACACUGGACUCAAUUGUACUUAAAGAGAAAGAGUGAAAAUAAAAAGUGUGUUUGACAGAGUAUGUGUGAGAGUGUGUGUGUGUGUGUGUGUGUGUGUGUGUGUGUGUGUGUACACUGCAGUAAGGUAAAUCAUAAUAUUUAAUGGGAAAGUGUGCAGCUCAUGUCAGAUUUAAGGGUAUAUGUUAUUGAAAAGGGAUAAUAAUGUUAUUUAUGAGAUUAUUAAUAUUUAUUGUCAAUACAGAAAAUAUAAUUUAUUGUUUAUUAUGGUGCUCAGUGUUACGAUUUGUCUUAAUAUUUAGGUAUUAGCCCCUCUCCUCUCCUCUUUUAUUCUCCUUCGCUUUCUCUCCUCAUCUGUUCCUCCUCCUCUGUCUCCCCUCGUCCACUCCUCACCCCUAGUCAAGUCAGUAAUAUCACCCAUUGUGAUUGGUCGGUUCUUUGUGUUCUGGCCAACGGUUGGUCGGUGGAGUCAGCCACCAGUGCUUACUCCCGUCUCUGCCUUGUUUGUGCAUGUCUGUUGUCAUGUUGAUGUAAGUGUUCUCCGUGUUGUGCUAAUGUGUGAAGAACAUACAUGUAGCCUGGUAUCAUUUGUGUGAAAUCAGUAAUUAUGUACCUCAGAUGCCGAGUUGAAAUAAAAACAUCAUCGCUCCA